UUUUUUAGUUUUAAUUCAGGGUUAGGUAUUUGUUGCCCAUACUUUAGUAAUUGUUUAACAUGUACUCCUGAUAGACUAUUUCUACUGUGCAGUAUUAAUACUUUAGUUUCCUCGUCGUCCAGCAGGGGUCACUGUUGGGUCUGAACUCGGUGUCUUUGUUUACUUGCCGCGGGCUCUCUUUGCUCGCUCCGAGUCUCGAUGUGCGCAGAAAGGAGGAACAUAUCUGCCGUGCAGCUGCUGCGGGUGUCGGUACAUGAGCGGAUCAACGCUGCAGCUGAAGACUUUCUGCUGCAGGUGGAGAAAGGAGGAGAAACGGCUCAAGUCCCGUCGCUGAGAGCGAUGCUAACCGAGCGGCUAACGGUGGCGGCUGAGGAGAUCCUCGCGGUGAUUGAGGAAACCAUGGCCGAGUACGAAGACAGAGUGGAGCAGUCAGAGCUGGAGAUCUGCCGCCAGAGGAGGCUGCUCGAUGCCGUGAUGAAUCCCGAAGUCCGGCUGCACAGAGCAGACAUCCUGCAACUGGUGGUGAGUAAAGAAGAGGUUCCCUCUGAGCAGCAGCAGUGGAGCUCGUCUGUGGACCAGGAGGACCUAGAGACCCCCCACAUUAAAGAGGAGCUGGAGGAACUGUGGACCAAUAAGAAGGGAGAGCAGCUUCAACAACUGGAGGAGGCUGAUAUGAAGUUCACAUUGACUCCGUUCGCUGUGAAGAGUGAAGAAGACGAAGAUAAACCUCAGUGGACACAGCUUCAUCAGAGUCAGACUGAGGAGAACAGAGCAGACUGUGGAGGCCCAGAACCAGCCAGGAACUCAGGUCCUGAUGGACAUUUACAACCAGGUCCUGAGGACCAGAAUGAAGACUCUUGUGAUACUGAAGAGCUGGAGAUCUGCCGCCAGAGGAGGCUGCUCAAUGCCAUGAUGAAGCUCGAAGUCCGGCUGCACAGAGCAGACAUCCUGCAACUGGUGGUGAGUAAAGAAGAGGUUCCCUCUGAGCAGCAGCAGUGGAGCUCGCUUGUGGACCAGGAGGACCCAGAGCCCCCCCACAUUAAAGAGGAGCUGGAGGAACUGUGGACCAAUCAGAAGGGAGAGCAGCUUCAACAACUGGAGGAGGCUGAUAUGAAGUUCACAUUGACUCCUGUCGCUGUGAAGAGUGAAGAAGAAGAAGAGAAAGCUCAGUUGACACAGCCACAACAGAUUCAGACUGAGGAGAACAGAACAGACUGUGGAGGCCCAGAACCAGCCAGGAACUCAGGUCCUGAGGGACAUUUACAACCAGGUCCUGAGGACAAGACUGAAGACUCCUCUGAGACUGAAGUCAGUGAAGAUGAUUGGAUUCUGACCAGUGAACCUGGGCCUGGCUUAAAUAUAAGAAAUAACAAACAGCCUCUAAGUGAUAUGAGAUGUAAAACUGAUAAGAAACCCUUUAGUUGCUCUGAGUGUACUAAAAGAUAUCGUUAUAAGAGCGCUCUUACUCAACAUAUUAGAGUUCAUUCAGGAGAGAAACCAUUUAGUUGCACUCAUUGUGCUAAAAGAUAUCGUUACAAGGGUGCUCUUACUGAACAUAUUAGAGUUCAUACAGGAGAGAAACCAUUUAGUUGCUCUCAUUGUGCUAGAAAAUUUAGCCAAAGUGGUCAUUUAACUGUGCAUAUGAGAAGUCAUACAGGAGAGAAACCCUUUAGUUGCACCCAGUGUGGUAUGAAAUUUAGCCGAAAUGGCACAUUAACCCGUCAUAUGUUGAGUCAUACAGGAGAGAAACCAUUUAGUUGCACUCAUUGUGGUCAAACAUUUGGCAGAAGUGGCAAUUUAACUGUACACAUGCGACUUCAUAAAGGAGAUAAACCAUUUAGUUGCACUCAGUGUGGUCAGAGAUUUACAGAAAGGGACUCAUUAAAUGUACAUAUAAGAAGUCAUACAGGAGAGAAACCAUUUAGUUGCUCUCAGUGUGGUAAAAGAUUUACAGAAAAGGCUCACUUAAAGGUGCAUAUGAGAAUUCAUACAGGAGAGAAACCAUUUAGUUGCUCUGAGUGUGGUCAAAGAUUCAGAAUAAAAAACUGUUUAACUAACCACAUGAGAAGACAUACAGGUGAGAAACCAUUUAGUUGCACCCAGUGUGGUAGGACAUUUGGCCAAAGUAAAGCAUUAACUCGUCAUAUGAAGAGUCUUCAUCCAUGCAGUGACUUAGCAUAAUUGAUAUAAGUUUACAGCUACGUACGUUGUUUUGACAAUCGCUUGCCUAUGGUUGAUAACCCAAACUCAUGUUCAAAUUAGAUCGUAAUCCAAAAUGCUGUGUACUGUGUACCCGUUACAUUUUGGGGAUUAAUUCCGUUCUGUUUAUCGGUAACUAAACUGCAAGGACGCCAUAUGUAUCUGCCAGGACCUGUCUACGUGCCUAAGAUGAGCUACAAUAAACGGUCAGAAGUCA